CAUCUAUGGACCCUCCAACGACCCUACCUUGUUUCCCGUCAGACGUUCCACCGGAUAUAUCCGAUCAUUUUCCAAACUCGAUGCGAAGCCGGACAUUAGCAAAUUAGCCCUGUUUUACACCAACGGCAGCUAUGGAGCGUCUUUUCAGAAUAUUUUCGGGGUUCAGACAUUCUUUGAGACAUCGCGACGUUUUGUGUGUAAGUGUUCUGUUGUGUCUACAAGGUGUGUUAUGUUUCAACGUGGACACUGGUGACUCUACCUCUCGGAUUCUCACGUCGGACUCUGGCAGUCUGUUCGGAUUUUCCCUGGACUUUCACACGGACGGGGGGAACAUAUGGUUAUUAUCUGGCGCACCGCGGGCCAACACGAGCCAGCCGGGGGUGGUGCGGGGAGGCGCCGUGCUGCGCUGCGAGGUGGACCCGGCACAGCCUGACUCCUGCACCCAGAUCAACUUCGACUCUACAGGCUCAGAGACGGUUGACGGCUUCCAGGACCAAAAGUCGGACCAGUGGUUCGGCUUUUCCGUCAAGAGCGCAUCUCCUGCAAAAGACGCGGUCGCUGCCUGUGCACCGCUGUACGUGUUCUACGCUCAACGUGACGACACACGUGACCCUGUUGGCAACUGUUUCCUAGCAACCAACGGGAUGACAGCCUUCGACAGCUACUCCCCCUGCCGAGCCCUGGACGCUCGUGCAUUAAAUGACAGGACUCAACACGGACAGUGUGAGAGCGGCUUCAGUCUGGACUUCAGCAAGGACUCAGAGGAAGUGUUGGUGGGUGCAGUGGGGGAUCAGUACUGGGCAGGCACGUUGUACACCCUGGACCUGGACAAUACGAACGACCCCUACAAUAACGAUAUGUACUCAGCACUCCCAUCUGUCAAUGAAGAUGACUUCCACCUCGCCUACUCAGUAGCAUCAGGUGAAUUCACAGGAGAUGGAACCCCAGACUAUGUGGUGGGUGUCCCAAGAGCUGGUGGAGAUCCAACAUCAGAAAACCCCAACUUUGUUGCAGGGCAGUUGCGAAUCUUGUCCAAGGGACCAGGAAGGCGACUAGAAACACUUUCGACAGACCCAGCCGCUCUGGAAAGCAACCAGUUUGGUUCAAACUUUGGAUACUCUGUGAUUGUACAAGAUGUAAAUAAUGAUGGUCUUGAUGACAUCAUCACAGGGGCACCCAUGUACAGUAGCGAGGGGUUCCAACAUGUCGACCUGGGCGCAGUUUACGUCUACCUGCUGACGCAAGCAGCUCAGACGCCAACUUUCAGUGCACCUACUGUACUUAUGGGGAAGUCUGCUAAGGGGCGCUUCGGAACAGCCCUCGCUGCUUUAGGGGAUAUCAACCAAGAUGGAUUCAAUGACAUUGCAAUAGGAGCGCCAUACGAGGGACUGGAGGCUGGCAGUAACUGGGGAUCUGUGUACAUCUACCAUGGUUCAGCCAAUGGCAUCAGGGCAGAGAAACCUGCACAGGUCCUGAGGGCCUCAGAUUUCUCAACUGACUUGAAGGCCUUUGGGUUCUCCCUGGCUGGAGGAAUGGACAUCGAUGGUAACCAGUAUCCAGACAUGGCGGUUGGUUCAUAUUUGACAGACAGAGCUGUUGUUCUAAGGUCUCGACCAAUCGUGAACAUGGCUCCCAGCCGCCAGGUCCUGACAGUGGAGCCAGAACUGAUCAACUUGGAGAGUAAGGCCUGCGCUAAGGACGGUGUCAACGUGACAUGUUUUGACGUGUCUGUGUGUUUCACCUAUGAUGGUGUCAACGUGCCAAACCAAAUAAAUGUGGAUGUAGAGAUCGCCCUGGACGUGCAGCAGAACGUGAAACGUGCCAUGUUCCAGAGCAGCAACAGUCCCGUGGAACGUUUCGUCGGGUACAUGGUCAACAAAGGGUCGUCCUGCUCUCUCAUACAGGAGAAAGCACUCAUACAGAACGACAUUCAGGACAAGCUGAACCCCAUAGUUGUGAGAGUGAAGUACGGCCUGACUGCACCUACAGGUGUGCAGGUGGGGCAGCUCACACCUGUUCUCAACGACAACAAACCCACCUUGGAAACACAACAGGUCAGCAUCCUGAAGGAUUGUGGUCCCGAUGACAAGUGUGUCCCAGACUUGAAGAUCACGUCAGCAUCAGCCACCCCGGAGGUUGGAGUGUAUGUUGGAGACCUGAACACAGAGCUGGUGCUGACUGCGGUUGUGGAGAAUGUGGGUGAAGGUGCAUACGUGUCAACGCUGUCGCUGUCACCACCGGCUGGCGUGGACUACAUCGGCGGGGACAUCACGCUGUCGUUCCACACUUUUUUAUCCCAGAGAGGGACUACAAACUGUGACCUUCUGGUGGUGGUCGACGACAGCAAGGUCGUGCAGUGUCCUCUGGGAAACCCAUUCCAAGGUCGUGCGACAGCCAUGCUGCGUUUCUCCACCCUGUCGCUCGUUGGUGCUGACAACAGUCUCUCCUUCCUAUUCUAUGCCAACAGCACCAAUGAAGAAGCUGUUGGAACACUGGCAGACAACACCAAGGAACUGGCUGUACCAGUCAAGGUUAAGGCUGCAGUCUCACUACUGGGAGCGUCCAUCCCUGAGCAGGUCGUGUUCACACAGAGAGCAGACAGGCCCAACCCCAUCACCAAGCAGGUGGAUGUGGGGCCGGAGGUCACGCACAACUACGAGGUCAGCAAUCAGCCUUUUCCUCAGUUUGCUUUCCUUUCUUCCUUUCUUUCUUUCCUCCAAAUUUAUUAG